AUGAUCAGAAAAGAAAUUAAACUAAUUCUUUCUACCUUUAAUAUUAGAAAUACAUAAGAUAGAUACAAUGAAAGGAAAGAAUUUUUGAGGAAGACCAUUUAGGGUGAAUAAAGUGACAUCAUGUGCUUAUAAGAAGUAUCAUUUUUAGGGGAUAAUCAAGUUGAUCAUUUAGUAGAAGAUGAUAAAAACAGAAGUCUUUAUCACUAAUUCCAUGCUGAAUCUUAGCUUAAGUUCCACAUACGUCCUGGUGCUGAUCCAGAAUCAAAAUUAGACGGUAAUACUAUACUAGCUAACAAGGAUUUCUUCGAUUAAAAUUUGACUAUAUUAGAAGAUAAAAAGAUGCAUUUAAGUGGAUUUAGAGUUGCCCAUGCUAUCAAAUUUGCUUUAAAUGGAGAUCCUUCAAAUUACUUUUGGGUAGUCAAUACUCACUUACAUCACAUAGUACCUGAUUGGUAGAUUCGUUAUCAUUAGCUUUAGAAUAUUCAUCUUUGGUUAUAUAACAUAACCAAAUUUUAAAGCGAUAACAUAUUCUUGUGUGGAGAUUUUAACUUGACACCUAAAGAAGAAUAAAACUAUAAAUAUUUAUCUGAAAUGGGAUUUAAGUCAACUUAUUAAGUAAUUCAUGGUUAAGAACCUGUAAUUACAUUUCCUACAGGCUUAUAAGCACCGAAUAUGGAUACAGAUCCAGAAGGCUGCUUUGAUUAUAUAUGGUUCAAAGGUAACUAAAUUAAACCAUAAAAUAUUCAUAUAUUUGGUGAUAAACAUUUAGAAACUGAUAAAACAAUAUAUCCUAGUGAUCAUAUGGGUUUAUGUGGAGAAUUUAUGAUUAAAUUCGAUUGA